AUGUCCAACCCGCUGCCGAGCGGGACUCCAGCGCGGUCGAUCGCGAGGGUGUACGCAGACGCCAACUCGAGCAGGCCCAAGAGCUGGUGGAACUAUGACGAGUUGAUGGUUGCAUGGGGGAUUCAAGACAACUACGAGGUCGUGCGCAAGGUUGGGCGAGGAAAGUACUCGGAAGUCUUCGAAGGCGUCAACAUCGUCAACGACGACAAGUGCGUGAUCAAGGUUCUCAAGCCCGUCAAGAAGAAGAAGAUCAAGCGCGAGAUCAAGAUCCUGCAAAACCUCGCCGGAGGCGAGAACAUCAUCAACCUGUAUGAUGUCGUGCGGGACCCGCAGAGCAAGACCCCCUCGCUAGUCUUCGAGCACGUCAACAACACCGACUUCAAAGUCCUCUACCCUCGCUUGACCGACUACGACGUCCGGUACUACAUCUACGAACUGCUCAAGGCGCUCGAUUUCUGCCACUCGAGGGGAAUCAUGCAUCGCGAUGUCAAGCCGCACAAUGUCAUGAUUGAUCAUGAGAAGCGGCAGCUCCGCCUGAUCGACUGGGGACUCGCCGAGUUCUACCACCCCAACACCGAGUACAACGUCCGCGUCGCCUCGCGCUACUUCAAGGGUCCCGAACUGCUCGUCGACUUCCAAGAAUACGACUACUCGCUGGAUAUGUGGUCCCUUGGGUGCAUGUUUGCCAGCAUGAUCUUCCGCAAGGAACCGUUCUUCCACGGCCACUCGAACGAGGACCAGUUGGUCAAGAUCACGAAAGUCCUCGGGACGGAUGAGUUGUACGAGUACCUCGAGAAGUACGAUAUCGAGCUCGCGCCCGAAUUCGACGAUAUCCUCGGCCGGUACGCGAAGAAGCCGUGGUCAAAGUUUGUGAAUGCCGACAACCAGCGAUACAUCAGCAACGAAGCGAUCGACUUCCUCGACCACCUCCUCCGGUACGACCACAACGCGCGCAUCACGGCCAAGGAAGGACAGGGGCAUGCGCUGUUCGCGCCGGUUAGGGAGCAGGAGAGGCAGGGGAAGGGGAAGGUUGAGGAGAUGAGGUAG